GCUCGCUUGGCUAUCGACAGCUGUCAUCAAUCUAGAAGAAUAUAAUUUAUUCAUUAAUUGUGUAGUACUUUACUAUAAUGCAUUUUUUAUAGACACGGCUACCGGCCAAAUCCCGUUAUAUUCAUAACGAUUAACGUUAGGUAGGUAUCUAGUUCGCUUAGCUAACGUAGAAGACUAGUACUAGCAAGCAAAGUUAGCACUAGCUAGCAUAGCUAGGCUAGUUAGCUUUCUUUUAAUUCAGGCGGUUCUCACUGUAGUUGGUCAAUUAGCACAUUUGUGUCUGCUUUUGUUGGACAGGAUACAUAUUUUAUCUCUGGCUAAGCCAACAAAAUGCCUGUAAAUUCUCGAGAAAAGAACAAGGAUAGUAACCACGAGGAGAUGGAGGUGGACUAUCCCGAGCAGGAAGGCAGCAGUUCGGACGAGGACGACUCGGAGAGCACGUCCGUGUCGGAGGAUGGAGACAGUUCAGAGAUGGAUGAUGAAGACUGUGAGAGAAGGAGAAUGGAAUGUCUCGACGAGAUGACCAACUUGGAGAAACAGUUUACUGACCUGAAAGACCAUCUAUACAAGGAGCGCCUGAGCCAGGUGGAUGCCAAGCUGCAGGAGGUGAUGUCAGGGAAGGCCUCUGAGUAUCUCGACCCUCUGGCCAGCUUGCAGGAGAACAUGCAGAUCAGGACCAAAGUGGCAGGGAUCUACAGGGAGCUCUGUCAGGAGUCUGUGAAGAACAAGUACGAGUGUGAGAUCCAAGCAGCCUGCCAGCACUGGGAGAGUGAGAAGCUGCUGCUCUUUGACACAGUUCAGAGUGAGCUUGAGGAGAAGAUCAGGCGCCUGGAGGAAGACAGGCACAGCAUAGACAUCACCUCAGAGCUCUGGAACGACGAGCUGCAGUCUCGGAGGAGCAAAAAGAAGGAUCCCUUUAGUCCAGACAAGAAGAAGAAGCCUGUGGCGGUGUCUGGACCAUAUAUCGUCUAUAUGCUGCAGGACUUGGACAUCCUGGAGGACUGGACAGCCAUCAGAAAGCCCCCACUAAUAAGAAUGAGAAGCUCCAGCACAGUGCCCGCUCUGAGGAGGGGCGGUUGUUCUACGAUGGAGAAUGGUAUGGCCGUGGUCAGAAUAUCUGCAUUGACAAAAAGGAUGAAUACCCAACCAGUGCCAUCAUCACUACCAUCAACCACGACGAGGUGUGGUUCAAGCGCCUGGAUGGCAGCAAAUCAAAGCUGUAUAUCUCCCAGCUGCAGAAAGGCAAAUACACUAUCAAGCACUCCUGAAACACGCCAGCAGUACACACACGCAUUCCGGAACACUCCACGGAACUCUGCUAAAACCGACAGACGCAUCAUAGAACCCACACGUGAACCCCCUGAUGAAUCAGAAGGACAGGUUGAUGGGAGGCCCAGACCACAGUUCUUCUCCCUGGGAAGCACAGCUUCUCCUCUCCCCUGUCUGGAUCUUUGGGACCUGGAGGCACCAUGACCCUCUGGAGCUACCUGCUCACCACUGCCAGUUUGAUGUUUCCCGUGGACUCUUCACAGAGUGUGUUUACAGACAUUUCGUGUUUAUAAACUAUUUCUACUUUUGUUAUGUCAUUUUCUUAAUGCCUACAGGAUGGCGUUCUUCGGACAUUAUGGCAUCUACUCUUGUCUACUCUCUCCUAUGUGAGCUUUAUUGACAUGUUGCAUUUGUGCUAUCACCAGUAGACUGAUGCUGGACAGAUGAUAUAUGAAUCGUUACAUAAAAAAAAAAAAUUACUAUGACAGAGCCAUAUGUACAUGUAUGCCAUUUAUAUGGCACAAUCUCCACAGGUUGGCCUUAACAGUGGUGGGACAGUGUGAGACAGAAGAAGCAUUAAAGACCUAUCCCGUGUCGUCCUCUCGACCACCCAGGUCUCCCAGCAAGCCCCUGAUACGGAAGCUCAUGAGCGGGAUGGACUAAAACCUCUCAGUAUCAGGCUGGUUUAUUACAGAUCUGUGUGUCAGUCUAAAGAGCCUAGCUGUAUUACAAUUACAGGUUCUCUUUUCAGUUAACAUGACAGUCCUCUUAUCUUCCAAUGCAGUAUUCAUAUUAUCUCAAACUUCCUCUGUUCACCUUCCUGCCUCCCUUUCUAUGUGUAAAAACUUUCUAACCAGGUGUUGGACAUGGUUUCAUUGUCUUACUGCUCAAACCUGUUCAACUUCCUCAAAAUAUCUACGCGUAAUGUCAGCAUUCCCUCUCAUCUUAUUUCAGAAGCGCAAUGGGGAGAAAGCUUUUACCCAUAUGUUAUAUGAAAUACCUACAGUAUAGAGUUUUUGAUGUCAGUGUUGAUGUAGGGGGAAAUGAAAAACAAUUACUUUGUAAAUUUGAAUCAAGUACGCUUUUGUCACAAACUUUUUUAAACGUAAUAAAUGUUACGUCUUUUAAUAAACGUGUUUUAUGUAACACAGUGGUCGUA